AUGUUCGACUUGACAAGGGUCCAUCCUCUUCGCUCGGUGCCUCAGAUCGAGGUGACAUUCCGGAUUGGUGUGAAUGGGAUCUUGGAGGUUACGGCUGCGGAUCAGAGGACGACUAGGGGUGAACAGGUCGAAUCUACUAGCAGGGGUAUCACGGUUCAGUCUUAUGGAGCAGUAGGGAGCCUUUAUUAUUGA